AUGGUGGCCUUGCAAGUACUCAGUUUGGGGUUGCUGGCGACGCAGGCCUGGGCGAUGCCCGCUGCAUCUCAGCCGUCCCCCACAGCGUCGCUCCCCGAUAGCGCCUCGACGUCGACAGCGGUGGCCGCCUCCCAGCUGGACCAGCUGGCCGACUUCGCCUACAAUGUCACCGCGGACAACGUCGGUGGAGGCGCGGAGAGUAAGCGUGGAGGGUGCUCGUUGCAGAAAUUGCGUGUCCGACGUAACUGGAGGGCCUUUUCGACGUCCCAGAAGAAAGACUACAUUAAUUCCGUACUCUGUCUGCAGAAGCUGCCGGCCCACACGCCGUCUGAUCUGGCGCCCGGCGCCCGGACGCGAUACGACGACUUUGUCGCGACACACAUUAACCAGACUUUGGAGAUCCAUUACACGGGAACUUUCCUCGCGUGGCAUCGCUACUUUAUCUACGAGUUCGAGCAAGCCCUGCGUGACGAGUGCGGAUAUACCGGAGACUACCCCUACUGGGACUGGGGUGCCGACGUCAACAGCAUGGAGCAGUCGCCCGUUUUUGACGGCAGCGAGACGUCCAUGUCGGGCAACGGUGCAGCCAUCCCCAACCAGCCCGACGUGAAGCUGUAUCUGGGCGACAACCCGGCCAUCGAUCUGCCCCCCGGUAGCGGCGGAGGUUGCAUCACCAGCGGUCCCUUCAAGGACUAUCAGCUUCACCUUGGUCCGGCCGCUCUGUCGCUGCCCGGCGGAAACACCACGGCCGCGGCAGACCCGCUCGCCUACAACCCACGGUGCCUGAAGCGUUCGCUGACGACCGAGAUCCUGCAGCGGUACAACACCUACCCGAAGAUCGUGGACCUGAUCUUGGGCAACGACGCCGUCUGGGACUUCCAGAUGACGAUGCAGGGCAUUCCUGGGAGCGGCUCCAUCGGCGUGCACGGCGGCGGCCAUUACUCCAUGGGCGGCGAUCCCGGUCGCGACGUCUACGUGAGUCCCGGCGACGUCGCCUUCUGGCACCAUCACGGCAUGAUCGAUCGCGUUUGGUGGAUCUGGCAGAAUCUGGACUUGUCGCGGCGUCGCAACGAUAUCUCCGGCACCGGCACCUUUAUGAACAACCCCCCUUCGCCCAACACCACGCUAGACACCGUCAUCGACAUCGGCCAUGCCAACGGCGGCCCCAUCGCCAUGCGUGAUCUGAUGAGCACCACCGCAGGGCCCUUCUGCUACGUCUAUGUGUAA